CACGAUCUCUCGUAUUGCAAGAUCACGUGAAAGCGUGCUCAUCUAUACCUCUCAAUUAAUCGUCUUACUCCAAUUACGCUCGAAUUCUCCUACUGAGACUCUUCCUUAAGCUGAAAAAAAAUUUCUCCAAAUCAAUAAUGAGCGCUGCAGUCUAAAAUUCCUAAGCGUAAACUUGCGUAAGCAUCGCGAAUUCGAAGGGGUGCAUUGAAAUUCGAAACGGGUGAACGGGCGCCGGAGGGGGGUGGACGAGGAGGAGAGGAAGAAAAAUCGGGCGAGAAGAAGAGGAAGUGUCAGUCGCUGUUACUUUGUCGAUCGUGCCCGGCACGUGCGCGUACUCGGCCCCUCGUGCCUUUGGCAGAAGAAGGGUGCAUUGGCGGAAGGAGCGAGGAAGGAGAGAAGAAGAAAAGGAAGCGGUCGAAGCGAAAAGUGACGGCAGUGCGCUCCGAACCGUCAAGCCGGACGCUGAGGAAGAGAGCGAAAUUAGUGCACGCGCACCCAAAUGCGUGACGCACCACGUGACUCUCUCUCGUGAUACCUUCAACCCCCGCUUAGAUAUUAAUCGCAUCGUCAGAUUGUCGUCGCGCGGACGUUUCAAUCAGAGAAAUAUAGAAUAUUUCUCCGUGAAUUUCGCAUCAACCGAGUACGAAUGGAUCGACAGAAAAUCAUAGUGCUGUUGUGAUUCUUUGAUAAGACUAAAAUGAUCCGCGUGAGGAUAGAUUCGCGCUGUUGCAUGCGCAUGGAUUGAAGGUGAUCGAACAUAAACUGCAAUGGUUGCGUGUGAAUGAAGAUACGAAGAUUUGUCACGUGAAUAGCAGCUGUACUACUAGUAUACGAGAGUGUAUCAAGAUGAAGACGGCGUUGCAGAUUAUGCCGUAUUUAGCGGCGUUGAUCCUGACAAUAAUUGCCGAGGACAAACCGACAAAUACGGUCUCCGUUUCCUCGAUUUCCUUGAGUUCGCCGACGGAGUAUCAGAGCAACACGAUAAGGAAGGUGAUGAGCUACUUAGGGAAGUACGGGCUAGAAGAUCAGAGAGCCCUGAAGAGAGUAUAUCUAAGCAACAGGUCGAUCACUUGCAACGAUGGCUCGCAGGCCGGUUUCUACCUACGAAAGUCCCACGGUUCUAGGCGGUGGAUCAUGUACCUGGAGGGCGGCUGGUAUUGCUACGACCAAAAGAGCUGUAGGACCAGGUGGAUGCGGAUGCGGCAUCUGAUGACGUCAACCCAGUGGCCCGAGACACGCGACGUGGGUGGGAUGCUCUCACCGAAUCCCGAUGAGAAUCCAUUCUUUUGGGGCACGAAUCACGUUUUCGUUCCUUAUUGCACGAGCGACAGCUGGAGCGGCACUAGGGCCUUCAGGUCGCCGAAUGACAUGUUUUCCUUCAUGGGGGCAGAGAUCGUGGUCCAGGUCAUCCGGGAUUUGGUUCCCCUUGGCCUCGAAAACGCAAGCGCCUUUCUUUUGGCUGGUAGUAGCGCGGGUGGCACCGGCGUCAUGUUGAAUUUGAAUCGCGUUCACAAUCUGAUACAUCACGAAUUGGGCUUGAGACGCGUUGCUAUACGCGGCGUGUCGGAUUCCGGAUGGUUCCUCGACAAAGCGCCUUAUUCUCCGAACGGCCUGUCGCCGAUCGACGCGAUUCAAAAAGGGAUGGAAUUAUGGAACUCUCGGAUGCCUCGCAAUUGCGAAAUUAGAUAUCCUAAUGAGCCAUGGAAAUGCUUUUUUGGAUAUCGACUAUAUCCAACUUUAUCCGCACCGUUGUUUGUCUUUCAAUGGAUAUUCGAUGAGGCCCAAAUGAAGGCCUACAAUGUCGCUGCGCCAGUGACAAGACAGCAGUGGAACUACAUACAUGAAAUGGGCGACAGUCUGCGGAAGACGUUUGAAAAUGUUACUGCGGUUUUUGCCCCGAGUUGCAUUAGUCACAGCGUCUUGACGAAAAGAGAUUGGAAGACAAUCAAAAUAGAUGAGGUUUCCUUUGCGCAGGCAUUGUUUUGUUGGGAUCAAAUGCCGAUCAGAAAUUAUCGUAACAACGAACACAACAAUACUCACUCGCAAAUCGAGACCAAUCAACCGUGCGGGAAGUCGCUGAAAAAGCUAUUGCGUUCUGGUAUCAGAAAGGGAAAUGGUACCACGAUCGAAGGCGGAAAAAGCAGAGUUGGAUCCUCUACGGAAACGCAAAAAGCCCGAUUGUCUGCCGUUGGCAAAAUGCAGGAAAGAAAGCCAGUCUCCGGCUCGGUUCAAGAGCGGGAGAAGAGGCGAAAGAGGAAACAUAAAAGAAGGAGAGAGAGGAAGGAGAGAGAGAGAAGUAAAGAUGAGAGAAUGAAGAAAGAGAAACCCAAGCGAAGAAAGAACACUGGUCGUCGCAAAGGCGGCAAACAAGUUUACGGCAAUAACCAUACGGCUGUAUUUAACGGCAUCAGGCCGCAACGAUCGGUAAUGCCGUCAUUCAAGCGGAAGUGCGUUAAGAACUGCCAUUUCCGUAUGAUCGAGCGCUGCACUUGGCCGCAAUGUAACCAUAGCUGCCCCAAGCUGCAUAAUCCUUUUACGGGCGAGGAAAUGGAAUUUAUCGAACUGCUCAAGAGCUUUGGUCUAGACAUGAAAAGUGUUGCGAAUGCCCUCGGCAUCGAUAUACAUACGUUGAAUAGUAUGGAUCAGAAUGAGUUGCUGAAUCUUCUGACACAACGCGCGAACUAGCAAAACAUUCUGUCGUAACGAAUAUGCAGAGUUUUCCUGCUUGCUUUACCAAUCUCUCCGUUGACACGUCUAGAGUCAGAGCUCAAUAUUUACAUACAAUUUCAAAUAUCACGUUUCAAGUAACUUGGAACGGUUCGUAUCACCUAUCUCAGUGGUACCAACGUUACAGUACUUAAAUUAGAGAACAUAUAUUGCUAGUAUAGAAAUUAAAAGUAUAAUGAAAAUCUAACGAAAUAUUGAAAGUAUAGAUAUCUAUACUUCUAAAUUUUAAAUGUUGCGUACUACGCCAACAUUACGAAAGUUUAUUAUAAAUCUACAAUACUAAUAACAUAAAUUUGAAUAAUUAUAUAUAUACAUAUGUAU